AUGGCGGAAUUUGCGGAGCGUGUGGCGGACGCGGUGAUGGCGCAGUACCGCGCGCUGCGCCCCAAGGGGAAGCCCCAGGCGCACGAGUACACGGCGCUCGCCGCCUUCGUCCUCGCGCGCUCCCCCGCCCCGCUUGCCGGAGAGCCGCGUGUGGCGGCGUUAGCGACGGGGACCAAGUGCACGGGGGGGGACGCGCGGUCAGCGGCGGGCGACGGGGUGAGCGACUGCCACGCGGAGAUCGUCGCUCGGCGCGCUCUGGUGAAGUGGAUGUAUGCGUGCAUUGAGCAGCUGCUGCAUGCACGGCAGGGGCGCGCACGCACACAAGGCGAGGAGGGAGUGCGAGACACGGGGCUUGCUGAAGCUAAUAGCGAUAGCGCCGCAGAUGGUGCCGCUGGUGGUGGCGCUGGUGGUGGCGCUGGUGGUGGCGCUGGUGGUGGCGCUGGUGGUGGCGCUGGUGGUGGCGCUGGUGGUGGCGCUGGUGGUGGUGGUGGGAGGAGGAGGAAGGGAAAGCGGGCAUCAGGCGGAAAGGGAGGGGGAACCUCGGUGAAUGCAGAGGACAACCCAUUCAUGCUGGUGGCGGGGUGUGGUGACGCACACAGUGGUGCAAGCCGCGAGCAGCAGGGGUGUGGGAGCAAGGGGCAGGAGCGUGGAGUGGUGGCGGUGGCAUGGCGACCUGGCUUCCACCUGCACCUCUACUGCUCCCAGCUGCCCUGUGGCGAUGCCUGCAUUGUGGAUGCUGCUGCGCCGCCACCACCACACCACCCAUCAACGUCGCCUCCACUCGCCGCUGCUGCUGGGCCUUCGGCAUCCACUGCUCUCGCGUCUGGUCGCUCUGAGGGGGACCUGGAGGAAGGGAGGCAUGGGCGCAGGGAGGAAGGGGCGGAUGGAAAGUGUGUGGAUGAGGUGCCGGGAAGCACAGAGGCGGGCACGCCAAGGCCAGGCCCCAGCAGGCGGCUGGCAACAGGCGCCAAGGUCUUGCCUCCUCCGCCGCCCCUCGCCCCCUCCCAUGACCACCGCUCCCCCGCUGCUCCCCCGGACGCUGCUGCUCAUGCAGCCGUGGCAUGUGGCAGCGGGGGGGCGAGGCAGCGGGAGCGCGAGGGUGGAGGGCAGCAGCAGGUGGUGGGAGUGGUGCGGCGCAAGCCGGGGCGGGGCGAGGCGACGCUGAGUGUGAGCUGCAGCGAUAAGAUGGCUCGCUGGAAUGUGCUGGGCGUGCAGGGAGCCAUGCUGAGUCACGUGGUGUGCGCGCCCGUGUACAUCACGUCUGUGAUCCUCGCUGCGCCCCCGCCUCCCCACUCCUCCCCGCUCUCCUGCCCCGUCUGCUCUCCCCAACGCCUCUGCCCAUGCCUGGAUGCACCAAAGGGAGGAGAGGGGGUUGAUGGUGGGGAGUCAGGGAAGGGGGAGUGGGCGAGUGAGGCAGACGCGAGUGGCACGGGGGGGGUUGGCAGGGAGGGGUCGGUGGCUGGAGAGGGCUGGGUAGUCUUAAGCCAUCUCUCACACUCCUUCCACGCAUCCCCCUUCUCUCCCUUACACUGUGUUCACACCCUCCCUCCUCUCGCCCCUCCCCUGUGGCCACAGCCUGUCAUUCUGUGGGCACCGUCACCACCCUCGCAGCUGGCUCGCCAGCACGACUCACUCACUGCUGUCGCCUGCGGGUUCUCGCUGCUGUGGGAUGCGGGGUCAGCGCAGCAGGAGGCGCUGAUAGGCACGUGUGGGCGGCGCCAGGGCACUUCCACUCGGGGCGCUCUCUCGCCCUCCACCCGCUCCUCCAUCUGCCGAGCAUCGCUGCUGGCUCGCUUCAAGGCCCUCCUGCCAUUCUUCCCGCACCACAUCUCCCUCACCUCCUUGCCCUACCUGCACAUCAAGAGGGCAGCAGCAGCCUAUGAGCGUGCACGUGCAGCGUUCCAUGCAGCCCCCUCUCCAUUUCACGAGUGGAUUGAGAAACCUCCGGUCUGGCAAAUGUUCACAUGA